AUUUCCAAAUCAACACAAUCGCCUUUGGGUUGGCCCCUCUUCAAUUUCCUCACACCCUUUCCCCACCCAUUUCCCCCCAUCGCAAUUUCCCCUCCCAUCUCCAAAUGGGCCCAUUCUUUCCCACCCCACACCCAUAAUGGCAAUUUUCAAAUCAAAAUUGCGCGGGCCCAUUUACAAUCGGCCACUCUUUUCAAAUUGCCCACCUUUCCCAUUAGCAGAAAAAUCAGUAAAAAGUGUGUAUAUUGGUGCUCAGCAUAUUAUGCAGAAUCAGACCCAAUGGAAACAACGAAAUCUUCAUUUUAGAGUAUACCAAUAUGAUUCAACACUAGGUCAAUUCUGGAAACAACAGACUCAAACGAGUUUCGGUCAACGAUCUGUUUGGUAUCAAAAGUUAUUUACAACUAUCAGGGAAAGAAUGUGGGGAUUUUCUCUCGUUAUGAUUCUUGUCAAGCAAACUAUCAACUAGAUUGUCCUCUGUGUAUUUAGAUGAAAGAAUACUAGUACUCGUUAGUAUUUCGUCGGCCAAGUCU